CACAAUCCUCUUUCGCCACCACAGGGAAGCAAAUAACAUCCGCCGUUCGAAGAAGCAACAACAAUGGUCAAAUACUCCAAAGAACCGGUUAAUGUCACCAAAUCCUGCAAGGCCAGGGGUGCCGAUCUGAGAGUUCACUUCAAGAACACAAGAGAAACCGCGCACGCUAUCAGGAAGCUUCCUUUGAUCAAGGCCAAGAGAUAUUUGGAAGAUGUCCUUGUCCACAAGCAAGCUAUUCCAUUCACCCGUUUCUGUCGUGGUGUUGGAAGAACUGCUCAAGCUAAGAACAGGCAUUCUAAUGGACAGGGACGUUGGCCUGUCAAGUCUGCAAAGUUCAUUCUUGAUUUGCUCAAGAAUGCUGAAAGCAAUGCUGAGGUGAAAGGUCUUGAUGUUGAUGCCCUCUUCAUUUCACAUAUUCAAGUUAACCAGGCACAGAAACAGAGACGUCGCACGUACCGUGCUCAUGGAAGAAUUAACCCCUACAUGUCUUCCCCUUGCCAUAUUGAGUUGAUUUUAUCUGAGAAGGAAGAGCCUGUGAGGAAGGAGCCUGAAUCUCAGCUGGCUACUGGAAAAUCAAGGAGUGGUGGAUCUUCUUAAAUGGUUGUGAGAGUUUUGUUGGUAUCUUUAAUAUCUCUGAUCUCUCUUUUUGUUUUGAAAAAUUGUUUACUUUUUGGAACAUUGAGUACCAUUUUGAUCAUUUAGUUAUUUUGAAGUAUUUUAUUUUUAGAAGUGGAUGAUUGAUUGAAUUCACAACUGAAUGGUUAUGAUUAUGAGCCUUUGCUGCUA